UUGCAGUGUCCCGAGCUUUGUCGCUGUUUCUACAAGCAGCCAGCCAAUCGCUUGUCUCGCUUUAGGAAGGUGUGUACUUCCGGAAAGGAGUCAAGGUCGAAACAGACCGCGUAUAUCGGGCACCAGAUAUGUUUUGGAGGAGAUUCUCAUACAAAUAAAGGUAUCAUGGAGCCUGCAAUGGAGCUGAUGGAGCAGGAAAUGGGACUGAGAGAAAAGUCCCGUUCCACUGUGCUUGAUGCCAUGAUUGAUUUUACCGGUGGCACCAUAGGUGGCAUUGUGACAGUUUAUGUUGGCCAGCCAUUGGACACCGUCAAAGUGAAGAUGCAAACAUUUCCUACUUUGUAUGGUAAUGCAGUACAGUGUUUCAUUAAGACAUUCAAGCAGGAUGGCAUUGCUCGUGGUCUAUAUGCAGGCACAGUUCCCUCUCUGGCUGCCAAUGUAUCUGAGAAUGCUGUGCUCUUUUGCUUCUAUGGCAUGUGCCAGAAAAUAGUGUCUUUUGUAACAGGCACUCAGUCAGUGGAGGUCAUGAGUCCACUAGAAAAUGCGGUUUCGGGUGGAAUGGCUGCAUUUUUCUCAUCAUUUGCCCUUUGCCCAACAGAACUGAUUAAAUGUCGUCUGCAGGCUAUGCGUGAGAUGGCUACUAGAGGGCAGCAGGAAGGUGGACUGGAAAGGCUGAAAAUAGGGCCAUUUGGUUUGACAAGAGAGAUUUUGAAAAGUGAGGGCAUUCUGGGCCUUUACAAGGGCCUCACCAGCACCUUCAUGCGUGAAAUGCCUGGCUACUUUUUUUUCUUUGGAGGCUAUGAGAUCAGCAGGCAUCUUCUAACCCCUGCUGGAAAAAAGAAGGAUGAAAUUGGCGCACUAAGAACUGUGGUCUGUGGUGGCAUAGGAGGUGUGUCCCUCUGGGUUGCUAUAUUUCCAGCAGAUGUCUGCAAGUCCCGUAUACAAGUACAGUCAGUAGCUGGAACUAAGCCACCAACAUUCCUGCAAAUGUUCUUUGGCAUUCUUCGAAAUGAAGGGAUUGGAGCAUUAUACAAAGGACUGGGUCCAACAGUUGUUCGAACAUUUCCUGCUACAGGUGCUCUUUUUCUUGCAUAUGAGACAACCAAGAAAUAUGGCAACAGUCUUGCUGACUAUCUAUCAGGAGGAUAAUUUCUAAGAGUGAAGGACAGAUCCAGAGAAAGAGUAUGCGUGUGAGAGUGUGUGUGUGCAUGUGCCAUUACAUCAGAGAAACACAUGUCCAGGACAUUUCGUUACAGAAGAAUUUGAAAUGCUUAGAAUCAUGCUACUUUAUAUUCUGAGAGAAAUUUUCAGUCAAUGAAACUGUAUUUUGCUUUUUCAUUGAACUGAGGUGUAAAAAAAGACUGAAGAGACACAUAUUAUAUUACAGGCUGAAUGAAAAAAAACAAACAAACAAACAAACAAAAAAAC